UUGUGUGCUUCUCGCUUUAAUAAACUAUAGGUGCGGGCCGCGAUGUCUUACGGUGUGAGACUUUAUUUUUAAAACCCAGAACAAUACAAGAGUACUUGGCAGAUUUAUGUCUUCAACAGUGGCUACUGGUGUUUUGUUAGCUAAAGCUAACGUUAAAAAAAGCUAGCUAGUUAUCUAGUUAGUUAAUUGAUGUGAGCGUGUUCUCGUAUGCGUCAACUUUAGUCAGUGGAGUUUGGGUCAAGGAACGUUUAACGACAGACGAAUGCCGGGCUGUGUAGAAAUGUGAUCAAUUAACCAAAGAGAGUGAAAAGUGAACGCUAUACCCGCUGCAUGGCUAGAGCUCUGAAUAGGCACUCCGAGAGAGAGCGGCUGUAGCAUCGCUAACAGUUCCCAGCCCCUGUUAUCCCACUGUACAAUCUGGAUGGAGGAACAGGAAGAAGCUGUUUGCAAUGGCAGUGAGGCAUCCAGCCAGGGGGAAAGCAGCCAGCCAAUCAGGCCUGUCUCUCCCAAAACGGUACCGCCUGAUGAAGUGCCUUUGCUGACUGGAGAUGUCAUGUCUGAGAGUGAAGAUGUGGAUGGUAAGGGGCCUGAGGGAGCCCCUGAGAACAUCCUAGACCAGGAACAGCCAAGUCCCCCUCCCCCAGAUAUCGCGGGGCCUAAAGCCAUCUCUGCAGAAGAAGAACAACUCCUCCAGAACCUAGAGGAAGGGCCUAAAACCUCUUAUAUGGAUGACUUGGAUUCCUUCAAUCUAAUAGAGCCCCCUCCCCUGGACUGGAGGUCAGACUCCUCCAGUGACACUGCCUCCGUGGGAGGGAUGGAUGACAACGGCUUCCUCCAGCCGGACAUGAUGGACGCUCCAGAAGACGAGCCAAGCCGAGCCAGUGCCACCGACCUCGAUGUUCACGAGGACACCGGCGAUGCAGCUGGGAACUACACAGAGGAUCAAGGAGGGGUGCAGAUGGAGCAGGAAGAGCAGCAGGUCCACCGGAAUGUCUACCAGGACCCUGGGGAUAUGACUGGGGACUACACCGAGGAUCAAGAGGGUGUGGGGAAGGAAGAAGAAGAAGAGGAGCAGGAGGAAGAAGAGGAGGAGGAGGAAGAGCGGCAGGUCCACCAGAAUGUCCACCAGGACGCUGGGGAUACGACUGGGGACUACGCCGAGGAUCAAGAGGGUGUGGGGAAGGAAGAGGAGGAGGAGCAGGAGGAAGAGGAGGAGGAAGAGCAGCAGGUCCACCAGAAUGUCCACCAGGACCCUGGGGAUACGACUGGGGACUACACCGAGGAUCAAGAGGGCGUGGGGAAGGAAGAGGAAGAGGAGGAGGAGCAGGAGGAAGAGCGGCGGGAAAGCAGGCCAGGCGACGUUGACCACUCUCACAUUCAGACACUACUGACUCAGCUCCAGCAUCUCAAACCGACGCCCCUCUCCAAACCCCCCGCCCUCGCCCCUUCCGGCCCCCUCUCUGGCCCUCCGUCGGAGAGAGGUCCUACCCCACCUCUGGAGCCUGACGCCCGCACGGAGCAUCCGGAGGCUGAGGGGCACCGCCAGGGCUCCGGCCUCCUGUUCUCUGAGCGCAAUCAGAGGGAUCUGCUGGGUCUCCUGGACGACGGGAGGGUGGAGACGCCUCCACUGCGGGCCUCUCCUGCCCGGUACAGCACGCACGGUGGGGGGGUGGAUGCGGUGGUCUCUGUUUCCUACAGCCACGAAGAUGGGGAACGGUUUUGGGAUCACUUUGCGAACGGGCACCCGGGUGACGGGGAGGACCUGACCUCCCCCGAUGACGAGGUCAUGGAGCCGGUGUGGCUGAAGAGAGAAGGGGGCUGCCCUACCGAGGAGGAGGCUGCGGCCGCUGAAAUCGGAGACACGGACACAGAAACUCAGCUAACAUACAAAGAUGUGCCUGGUCCCUGUGACCCAGAGGACCUCCUGGAUGGAGUGAUUUUCGGGGCCAAAUACUUGGGCUCCACUCAGCUUCAGACGGAGAAGAACCCUUCCACCAACGCUCGCAUGACCCAAGCACAAGAAGCUGUGGACAGGAUCAAGGCCCCAGAAGGGGAGACUCAGCCCAUGACAGAAGUUGACCUCUUCAUCUCAACGCAGCGCAUCAAAGUGCUGAGCGCAGACACACAGGAAGCGAUGAUGGACCACUCGCUGCAGAUGAUCUCCUACAUCGCCGACAUCGGCGCCGUCGUCGUCCUGAUGGCUCGAAGGAAGCAGUCCGGGCGGAAAGGGGCGGAAGGGGCCGACCCCCCGGCCAAUCGGAAGAAGUACUGCAUGAUCUGCCACGUCUUCUCCUCCGAGGACGCGCAGAUUAUCGCCCAGGCGAUUGGACAGGCGUUCGGGGUGGCCUACCGGCAGUUCCUGCAGGUCAAUGGGAUCAAGGCCACCGAACUGCGGCCCGGAGAUUACAGCGACUACCUGGGCACCCAGGAGCAGUACAACGGAGACCUCGUCCACUUCUCCCGCUCCGAGAAUAUCCGAGAGGUGUGCAUCCCCAAGGCCGCGGGGGAGAUCCUGGGCCUGGCGGUGGUGGAGUCGGGCUGGGGCUCCAUCCUGCCCACCGUGGUGGUGGCUAACCUGCUCCACGGGGGUCCCGCGGAGCGCAGCGGGGAGCUGAGCAUCGGGGAUCGCGUCAUGGCCGUCAACGGGGUCAGCCUGGUGGGCCUGCCCAUCGCCAGCUGCCAGAGCAUCAUCCGGGAUCUGAAAAGUCAAACGGAAGUGAAGCUCAGAAUUGUCCACUGUCCUCCUGUUACCAUGGCCAUAAUCAAACGACCAGACCCCAAAUAUCAGCUGGGUUUCAGUGUGGAGGAUGGUAUUAUAUGCAGCCUGAUGCGGGGGGGCAUUGCUGAGAGGGGGGGUAUCCGCGUGGGUCACCGCAUCAUCGAGAUCAACGGGCAGAGCGUGGUGGCCACGCCCCACGAGAAGAUCAUCCACAUCCUGACCCACGCAGUCGGAGAGAUCCACUUGAAGACCAUGCCUGCAUCUACGUAUCGCCUGCUGACUGGCCAGGAGCAGCCGGUGUUUCUCUGAGAGCGUUCGGGACGGAGGACAGAUCACCACUGCCUACAGGGAGAAAAUCAGGAAGCCAGGAUCACCGUGUCAACACUCGCUGCAUCGUUGGAGCCAGGCACUUGCGUGCGGCGUCACAUUAACAUUAACGACCGCUGCGGGGGACAUAGGAGUGUUUUCUGCCGCCAUAUAUUAGAAAGCACCUCGUCUGCACAAUCCCAAGGUGUUGAAAUUGUGGAUCCUUCACAUUUAGAUUUUGUUUUAAUUGUUUUUAAAUGAGGGGAUAGUGAGGGGUGUCUGUACAGAGCGUUAGGAAGUUCCGCAUUCACUCGACAGGCUAGUUCUCGCUGACUGAUACGGUACAGCACGAGUACCUGUUGCAACCUGUCUUUCAUCGUCACGCCAUCUUGUGCCUCAGCUCUGUCCUUGGGGGAGGACGCUUCUUCUGCCUGUCGCUCGGCUCUGUAGCAGCCGCCCGGAGCGUUCCGGUAACACAAACUAGUGAAAAAAAUUCCAUCCGUGUACUUUGGCGUUAACGUUAGCAUUGUCGCUGUCGCAGUGCUUUGUCUAUGCAUUGGGAAGCCUUGCAGCUUGCAUGCUAAAACCAUUGACGCUCAAAUCCCUGUGCUUGUGAAGGCACAGAGAGCACCUUAGGUUCCCUGUCAUAGCAAUAUAACAAGGUAUAUUUUUGAUAAGCCCUAAAUGGAGUAUUGGAUGUUUAUUAAAAAAGAUUUAUCAACUAGUUAUGUUCUCUCAUUGUUUUCACUGGGGACAAACUCACAAAGUGAUUCUUAGAUUAAUUAGACUCAUUAUGGAACAUGCUACAGACGGGGUAGAAAAUUGUUUACUGUUGUUAUUUAAAGUCAGCAACAUUAAGAAGGGCGCGCUCUUUGAAUGGUAAUGACAGAUACAAUUUUAUGUUUAUAAAUUCACAUUAAAACCGUCCAUACUUGUAUUAUCCAGAGAAAUAUUUAAAAAUAUUUAAUUUAGUAUUUCUUGCUGUAUUUGCAGUUAUAUCCCUUACACAUAGGGGUUGCUUUCAGACUUGUUUUGGACAGACGAAAUGGGUGACGAGCGCUUGCUUCAUGCAAGAGUUUCGAUCAUUGAAGGAAUCUGGGGCGAUGACACAGGCCUGCUUUCAUUUACCCAGUAUCACUCUUGGUUUAAGCUCCGCUGCAAAUCUGCCAAGCGCUUUCAUUGAAAGAGCUGCCCAAAAAAUGUGGCAGUGAGUGUGAACAGCUGUGUGUUUCCAUGCAUGAGCCGAGCUGUGCCUGAAGAAAAGACCGUUCUCCGCAGAGAGGCUUUCACAUGUUGCUCUGCUCGAGGAGUGAAGUGUGAAAUGGUUCUCUCUUUCCAUUUGGUCCGCUUCUGCUGAGCGAUAACCACAAACCAUGAUGUGCCAUUCAUGCUGACUUUCAGCACUUUCUGUUUGCCCGUUUGUGAUCUCACACCAUCUUAUUGUCAUGGACUAGAUGCAGUGAGAACCAAAAAUUACUUUCACUUGAAAUUGUUCUGCCAUCUUCUCAGAUCUUAUCUGCUUAUCUUACUUUACUGCGUCCUUUACAAUAUUUCCCUUGCUUUUCUGGUACAAUUCAGUUGGUACAGGAAUAAGUCUUGACUAAACAGGGUUAACCACAGUCUAAUUAUUGCUGGUACAACUGGCAGUCUUGUUGCACCACCCGGUUUUUCCACCAUCUUCUCUCUGCACUCUUUGCACUGUGUGAUGCAACAAUUUAGUAUUGGUACCUGUUCAAAAUAAUAACAGGUGGUGCACUUAAUAAAACAUGGUCAUCUUGC